GUAGAGACAACUACAUUACCUAGCAGGAGAGUGACGUAUUUCCGGUUUGGAGGUUUGCACAGCAGAAGUCAGUCGAAAAGGAUUAGCUAGCUUGCUAGCAGAGGGAAUCUCUUUAGAUGUUGGAAUUUGUGCCAAAUGAGCUCAUUUGAACAGCGCUGACACAUUGAGGUAUUUGGAUUGUAAAAAAACUGCUGUUGCUAUGGCAAUUCUGUUUGCUGUUGUGGCUCGUGGAACCACCAUCCUGGCAAAGCAUGCAUGGUGUGGUGGCAACUUCCUGGAAGUGACCGAGCAGAUCUUAGCCAAAAUCCCAUCAGAAAAUAACAAACUGACCUACAGCCAUGGAAGCUAUCUCUUUCAUUACAUCUGCCAUGACAGAAUCAUAUAUCUGUGUAUCACUGACGAUGACUUUGAGAGGUCUCGUGCAUUCAGCUUCCUCAGUGAAGUCAAGAAGCGUUUCCAGACGACGUACGGGUCGCGAGCACAAACAGCCCUGCCUUACGCCAUGAACAGUGAGUUCUCCUCAACACUGGCAGCUCAGAUGAAACACCACUCAGACCCAAGGGGAUCAGACCGUGUCACUGAGACUCAGAUGCAAGUGGAUGACCUGAAGGGCAUUAUGGUCCGCAACAUAGACUUGGUUGCUCAGAGAGGAGAGAAGCUGGAGUUACUGAUUGACAAGACAGAAAAUCUGGUUGAUUCUUCGGUCACAUUUAAGACCACAAGUCGUAACCUGGCUCGAGCCAUGUGCAUGAAGAACCUCAAGUUGACCUGUCUCAUUGUGCUGGUGUGCCUGGUGGUCCUUUACAUUAUCGUCUCUGCUGCCUGUGGGGGCCUCAGCUGGCCCUCGUGUGUCAAAUAAUGAGAGCAGAGUUGGAAUAAAAAAAGAGAUAUAAAGGAUCAAAGGAAGAGGGGGAGAAGCACAUGUAUAAAUAUGCCUGCCAAUGGAUCCAAAAGGAAACGCAACUAUUCUUCUUUUUGUUCUCCAGCUUCUACAUCCUCAGAAGACACAUGCUGCUCCUCCUCCUGCUGCCUCCUUCCUUAGCCCCUUCUUUGAUAGUGUGCACAUUGACUUGACUUCUGGAAAAGGGAGCGCCACCUCAUACCCACUCUUAUGGACAGCAGCCAUGUGGCCUACAAAAAUGACGUGGAAGAAUAAUCUUGUCUAGUCUGGUAUAUUCAUCCUGUCUCAUGCACUCAGUGGCCUGAUGUAUCAAUGUGUGAUACCCUGCCAUGCACCUAUCUAUGUCAUUGAUCUGUUAAGAGACUGAUACCUGAAAUUUACCAGAAAAGAAAGAAAGAAUUGGUUUGUUAUUGUUAUACUUUUCCUGUAAACAUGUGGGACCUGAACUGUAGGUAGCAUGGAAAGUGUGUUGCAGAUUCAUCAAGAAGGACUUUACAUCACGGGUUCUCUUUCUGUUAUUUAACAAACUAAUGUUUGACCACGCUGAUACACUAUACUGUGUGUGUUGAUGCUGUCUCAAUCAUCACCUAGCACAAAAGUGUACUCAAAAAGUAGAUGUUGUAAAAUACCAGAUAUGAUCAUACAAAUAAACAUUGUAAAUCUGAUUGAUAUUACUGAUUCAAAACAUCUAACAGUUCUUUAAAUGAAGCCCAAUUAUUAAGAAUUUCUCUUUCUCGCCUGUUGACUUUUGGGGGGGUAUUCUUUCACCAUUUUCCUCUUCUGCGAUGUUAAGUGUGCCCAAUAUGUUCUUUCUGUUAACACAAUGCACUUUUUACAAUGUACAUAUUUGCUUCCCUGCAUCAUAUGACUUAACAUCGUGUAAUUAUUUAAUUACUGUACAUUAAAAUUUGAAAUAAUAAAAACUGAUGGCAUCCAA